AUGGUGCUGGUGGCGAACGAGGAGAGGGUGGACGUGGACGGCGAGCUCAGCUUGCUGUUUCUCGGCCGCCAUGAUGGCAACGGCGGUGGCGCACGUAGGGGGCAAGUGUGGCGGUUGCAAGCGGCACUGAGUGGGCGGACCGGGUGGAGAGGCGCCUUCAGGGCUCUCAUGGGCGUGCUGCAGUGCACAGGCGAGCAGCUGCGCGUGGAGUAUGAGGAGCAUAAUGAUGAGCGUGAGGAGCGCCUUAUAGUUGAGGAGGAGAAGGCUAGAGGGGGUGGUGGAGGGCUGGUUGGCAGGGAUGGCAAGGCGGAGAGCAUUUGUGGCAGGAGGCGUGAGGUUGCUGACCUGCUGAGCUUCUUCCAAGAGCGAGUGGGGAAGCUGGUGAAGCAGGCAAGGGAGGGAGCUGCCACUCUGGCCCAGGACCUUCCGUCCUCCCUCCUGCCAGCUCACCACCGCACACUGCUUCUGCAAGCCGCUGACCUCCUGCCGGCAUUGCUGCAGGUUCUGGCGUGCCCAGGAGUGGCGCCUGCUGACGUGGCUGGAUGGCGGGGGGAAAGAGGACUGGGGCCCAGAAGAGCAUGGGGCAGCAGCAGCAUCACCCAUUGUGCUGAUGCUUCUCGUGAUCGUGCCACGGAGCUGUUCCAUGCCAUCCUCCUCCACCUGCAAAGAAUCCACGCAGCCAGCCCCCCCUUCAACCACCUCGGGCUCAGCAGCACCCCAUCGUGGGAGACUAUAGCGGAUGCAUGUGUGAAGGGCGCACGCCUCGCACUGUCCACCGUGUCAUCAUCUGAGUGCUCUCUCAUCCGCCUCUCGGGUCUGUCACAGGUUACGUAA